UCAUAACAGUGUCACAGUAAUAUUAUAUCGUCCGUUUUAACGCUUGGCAAAUCACGAUGUUGAAGGAAAUAUGUUUAUUCUUAGUGGUUUCUAUUUCAAUCGUUUCUUCAGUAAAGAUUCAAUGUAGACAUGACACAGAAUGUGGUUCAGACGAGUGCUGCUAUUAUCAUGAAGGUCCAAUUGUUGUGAGCAAGAAAAGAGAGUCCAUUUUACCAUUCUCUAGUAUGAUUCAAGGCGGGUGGUGUGAAAAGUACAAAACUGAAGGUCAGUCGUGCAGCGGCAUUGCUAAGAUGAAUGGUCAUUGUGAGUGUGGACCUGGCCUGACUUGUACUGUUACUGUCAGCACACAUACAUCUUUUCAAAAACGAAAGGGAUUGCCAGCUACAUGCGUUCAAACUCAAACAAAAGGUUAAUGAUCAGCUAUAGCUAUGCAUUGGGAGAUUCGUCUUAUACACAUAAACACUGUAAUAAUUAAAAUAAAAUAUACCUUGUGCAUAGGUAAAGUCAA